AUGAUUUUGGCAGCCUGUGUAGGGCACCGUAACGUGCCCGACGAAAAAGACAGCAUAGAACCUUCCUCGACAAAACAAUAUCAAGCGGAAGAGCCGAAGCGCAACGUCGCAGACUUCGACGAAAGAGUUUACAUUCUCUCAUUCGAUACCGUAUUGGCUUCUAAAGUGGCUGGCAUCGGUGAGAUGCAGGUAGGCAAUGUUAAUAAGCUGAAAGAGGAGCAAAAAGCACAAUAUGGCUCUUAA